AUGAAAACUUUGGUUACAUAUUUAGAUGUCUCAGAAUUCAUACAAACUGAGUAUGGAGAUCAAAUCACUAUACUUGCAAAACAAACAAUAUUGAAAAGGAAAGAAAACAAAGACGUUGGAGUUUUUAGGAUGAUUCAAAAGAGAGUUUUGUUAGUCAUAUAUCCAAGAAUAAUGAGAGUAAAAACAACAGAAAAAACAUUGGAUACUCUUCAACAAGAGUACGAAUAUGAUACAAAG